AAGAUAAGACACAUCCUGUUGAUUUAUUAGGAACGUUUGACAGGUGUAAAAUCGAGAGUAACCAACUCGACAGAGAAAAUGAGCAAUUUCCUGCUGGGACAACACUGACGCCUGUGGUGAGCUGACGACACUUUCUGAUGCUUUUCUCGGCUACUGAUGAACUGUGGUUUUUAUAUGUGAUCUAGAUUAUGUGUGAAGUUACCACAGCAGUCUGGAGACUGUCAGAUUACGUGGGACUGCGUACACUUUGAAGCGCGGCGGUCGCAAAAGUUGCUCAAACUCGCCCUGUCACAAGGAAGACUGCAAUUGAAAGCAAACGGCGCGGGGCGGAGCUCCGGAGUUCAGAGCCGCGCCGACAGCGGCAGAGUCCACGGUCCCGGCGUCGCGCGCAGCGUGGAGCGGAGCAGAUGCAGCGGUCCGGCCCGCUCUAGUCCUCUCACGAGCGAGCCUCCAGUCCGAGUACCCGAGGCCAGGCGGAAAUCCACGCGCAGCGCGAGGCUCCGGGGGCUCGACGAUGGGCAUGAGCGCCGGCGACGACCUGACACGACGGCCCGCCAUCAGCGCGCGACUCGCACCAGCAGCCACACGGCGCCCGCGCGGCGAUGCUGGCGGUCUGUGAGCGCCUCCAGUCGCCGCUCGUGCUCACGCAGUAAGUCUUCGUAAGCCCGCGCGCGGAGGAGCCGCCAGGCCCGCGGCGGCCAACCGCCCGCCCGCCCGCCGACGCUGCUGCGGCGGACUUUCCUCGGACUCUUUUUGUGAAGGUGUCUCUCCAACAUGGAACCGUUCGCUGAUGUGCUGCUCGUCACCGCCAACGUCGGAUCACUCUUCGACAACGUGGGUAAAAUUCAGAGUGAAUGGUUGCAAGAAUUGUAUAAGACUGUCCACACCCACAAGCCACAGUUUAUUGGCCUCCACUUCCAGGAGGUGGGAGGGAAGGACUACACAGCCAACAUGGACCAUGCAGAAAACUUCUUCAGGAGCAUUAAUUCCAGUGUGGAGAUGAAGGAGUACGACAGAGCCCGCAUCUACGUGGACAACCAGUUCCAAGCAGAGGACAGCUUCACGGCUUUGGGCAGCAUGUACUUCAUCCACAAGACGCUGAAAGACGUCAGUCAGUAUGAUUUUAAUGCCAAGGACUUCAGACCGGUGUCGGGCCGGGACGUGUACGUGGGCUCCAUGAGCGGCGUGGCCACGGUCGAGAAGGAGAAGUUCCCCAAGGAUUUCUGGCCCGAUUUCAAGUGGUCCAGAAAGGGAUUCAUGAGGACCCGCUGGAUCAUACGCAACCAGGGUCUGGACCUGGUCAACGUCCACCUGUUCCACGACGCCUCCAACCUCAUUGCCUGCGAGUCCAGUCCCUCUAUUUACUCAGCCAACCGCCGAAACGCCCUCAGAUAUGUCAUCGACAGGAUGUCGGGCAGCAGCUGUGUUCCGCUGCCUCUCUUCCUGUUUGGGGACUUCAACUUCCGGCUGGACACACUGAGUCUAGUCGAGCAUCUGUGCAUUUCAGCGGACGUGCAGAAAGUGAUGAAGGACAGCGGCAAUCGGGUGCAGAAGAUCAUCUGUGAAGAAAAGGACAACGACCACCAGGUGCUGCUCCAGAUAGAGGAGAAGCUGUUUGCCUAUGUGCACCAGGCGGCGUUCAGGGAGGACAAUGGCAGAGCGCUUCUGAAAUAUGACAAAGAGGUGGCAGCCUUUCAUGACGUCAUCGGGGAGGAGGACAUCAGGUUCCCGCCCAGCUACCCCUACAGUGAGGACCACUCGAAGCCCACCCAGUACAUGAACACCCGCUGUCCCGCCUGGUGCGACCGCAUCCUCAUGUCGCACUCGGCCCAAAAGCUAAUCCACCGGAGCGACGGUGAGACCAGCGUUGUUUACAACACCAUGGGUCCUAAUGUCUGCAUGGGUGACCACAAGCCGGUGUUCUUGUUCUUCCCAAUGAAGACGAAUGACCAUUGACUCGGGUCCUUCUCAGCGCCAAUGAGGGAACCACAAGCCCCCCCCCCCACUGGUCUCCACCACCGCUGCAUCAGUACCAGGGGUAAUGGUUGUGACGCUACCCGCUCCACCAUCAGCCAGCCCACCGGCCUCCUCAGCACGCUCUCCAUCCUCACAUCACCAUAGCUUCAGUGACUGAGUGACUGAAGCACUGGCUUGGAUUGAUCAGCAGGUGUCGCGAACCUCUGAGAGCUAGAUUGUUCUUACUGGAGACCAUUUUUCAAUUGGAUGAAACAUUAACACAUGCUUGUUUAAAUAUUGCCCUAAAUCAUUUAUUAAAUCUGGAAAUGGAAAUUUCCAUCGUAGCCUUUGAUUGCACCAACCAAGGAGAUUCCAGUAGCCUCCAGCCAAGUUUCAGAAUAAUAGAACUCCUAUUACAAUAACGUGCUUAAGAGGUGCAUCAUGAAAAUUACUUGAUUUCUAAUCAAGUAUUGCACAUUAGUCAAACUGGUUAUGUGUGAAUGCUUUUAUUUUUUUUAGUUUGGGUAUUUGUUGGAGGUGUUUACUGUAGCAGGAUCUGAAGCAGAGGGACUCGGUCUGUUUCACUCAUGUAGCUCGCAGCGCAGCUUUAACCUGGUCUGAUGCCUCCUGAUCACACUUUACAUUUUAAUUUCAAGACGUCUGCAACGGAAUGGUCUUCACACCGACGCUCACUGUUCAUGUAUCACAAGUGCUUUAAGCCACACUCUGCUCCCAGGGAGUCCUCCUUCCUGCUGCGUGCUGCUCUGAUUGACAUUGACCUUUAUUUUUUUAAAGUCCAAAUCAAUAAUGUCCUGUAUAUAAAGUAUAUACACAGCUGUGCACCACACAGGUUUGCGUUGGCUUUGCUUUCUCUCUUUCUGAUUGCUCCCUGUUUUGUUUGGCUUCUGUGGUUCUCAUUUCUUACUGUAGCAUACGUGCUAUGGGGUGUUUUUGACGUGCGAAUUACCAUUUUGACAUAUUUGAUCUUUAAUAGAGGCUAAUUGAGGUAUUUUAAUGUGUUUGUGGUUUGUCACUCAUUGUGUUCUACUGUUUUCGAGUCUUGGGUGCGACUUUUUGUCUUUUGCACAGCUUGGUGGAACAACAGUCUGUACAUUCAUACAGAAACCCACUGAUAUUCAUGCCAAGUUCGAACGCUCAUUCCUGUCGAUGUCGUGGCAUUCGGGCCCUGCCGUCGCAAGAUUGCAAUGAGUCAGUGAUGCAGAUGUGCAGAUUGUGAACAGUUUGCUAGUAACACACCCUCAGUGGUUGGUUAUAAGGCCAGUGUCGAAGGGAAGAACUGGCCCAACACUACAUCAUUGUGUCAUUUCACUUUUGUAAAUAAAAAUUAUACACUCAAA